ACUUGUUUUUGACAGCGCCUCUGGGUAGUAGCUUCGAUACGUGGAGAGUCGUACGUCGUGUCGACAAACGUACAGUUAUUCUAAAAAUAUAUUGUGAAAUUGUGUUAAGUGAUUUUGCGUAAUCGAAAAAUGUAAGCAUCGUAUCGAUAAUCGACAAGAUGACGAUCAAUGGAAUCGAGAACGUGCUAUCCAGAGUUGGCAUUCAAAAAUCACGUCCUAUUUACAACCAGAUAUUCGCAACGUUCGCGCCAUGUCUGCUGUUCAUAUCAGCCGGGAUGACGUUCGGGAUUACAGGAGUCCUGUUGCCGAAGCUACAGGAAGAUCCAGACUUCCCGUAUGACAGGAGUUAUGACUCAUGGAUAGCCUCUAUCUCUCCACUUGCCAUGAUGCUGGGCUGCCUCUUCGCAGGUGCGAUGAGCGAUGGUCUAGGACGGAAGAUGGGACAGCUCGCCCUGGUCCCGUUCUUCGUCCUAGGCUGGUGCAUCAUGGGAUUCGCGAAAGACAUCACCCUUAUGCUCGUCGGGCGAUUCAUCACUGGAUUGUGCACUGGAUCCAUCAGGCCUAACGGGAUGGUCUACAUCGGCGAAGUCACGCAACCUGAAUACAGAUCAAUUACGUUAUUCUGUCCUACAUUAGCAGUCCAUAUUGGUGCUCUUAUUAGUCAUAUAGUUGGAAAUUACUUUUAUUGGCGAACUAGUUGCUUCAUCUUCGGUCUUCCUAAUAUUUUAUGUUUCUUAAUAUUGCUAUUCUUAAAAGAAAGCCCUUUAUGGUUGAUAACAAAAGGAAAGACCGAUGAAGGUAUCGAGGCUUUCAGGCUGUUUAGGGGCGAAGGAGAAGCUGCUGAUAAAGAACUCGCCUCAGUUCUUGAGAAACAGAAAGAGAAACCAGUGAAGAUGACAUUUAGCGAAUUUAUUCAUAUAAUAUUUAGUAAAGGAUUUAUGAAAGCGUUAGUAACAGUUUUCUUGCUGUUCUCAGCUAUGCAACUUUGUGGUGUAAACAUGAUAUCAUUUUACGCCCAAGACGUAUUUAAAAAGACGUUUUCUGGUGAAAUAGAUCCAUUUAUGUUGAUGAUAGUGACGGAUUGCAUAAGAGUAGCUGCGGCUGCCGGCGUGUGUGUGUUUGCAAAGUUUUGUCCUCGAAAACUAACAUUUUUGACGUGUUGUUUCUUAACAACUACAGUACUAUUCGCUUUAGUUAUAUAUUUGUAUUUACAACCUUCGGGAUUGACGUGGCUGGCUUUGUUACUGAUGGUUGCAUACGUUGUGAUUGCCAGUGCGAUUACAAGUCUCUCGUGGUCAUUCGUAGCCGAAAUAUUCCCUGGAAGUGUCCGCGGUUUUGGAUCAGGAUUAAGUUCAGGCAUUUCAUUCAUUUUGCUGUUCGUUGCUGUUAAAAUUACACCAGGUGUUAUGACGAAUUAUGGUGAUAUUGUUAUGUAUGGCGGUUUCGCGACUGUUACCUUGAUUGCUUCUGUUUUCUUAUGCUUUAUAUUACCAGAAACGAAUGGAAAGACAUUGCAAGAUAUAGAGAAUAGUUUGUAUAAGAAGAAAAACCAAAACGAAUCAAAUGCACAUCAAAUGCAAAAUGUAACUGUGUAGUAAAAUUGAUAUUUAUUUAUAGGUUAUAGGUCUAUAGACCUCAUAUAAAAUUUUAUUAAAAACUGUUAUUAUGAAAGAUAGCUAAAUACAGGGUUGAAUAAGAUGUGAUAUCUUUUAGGCAUCAUUUGCACGACCUGUGUAAGUGAGAUAUUAUAUCGUAUAAUAAUACAAAACAAAACAAAUAAAUCCACAUCGCGCCUUCGUCCACGAAGGGUUAGGCAGAAGUGUAACCGGAGCACCCCUUUUUUGUAUAAUAAUAAAAAACAAAACAAAAUAAUCCACAACACGUCUUUGUUCCCAAAAGGUGCAACCAGGGUACCCACUUUCCCUCAAAUGUGCUCCGACCCAAGAUGUAAUAGGGGGCGAAUUCCUGACCUGGGUCUGAUAGUAAGCAGAAAAACCCAAAUAUCACUUACUCGACCCAUGAUUCAAGCACGCCACUUCAGAGCAGUGGUAGUAUCCCACAUGCAAUACAACUACGCCACCAAAGCAGUCAAUAUAUUGUCAUUGUUUUGUAUAUGUGAAUAAAAAUUGAUUAUCCCUUAUAAAAAUUGCGAUGCCUGCCUUGGUAGGUUGUUGUUAUUAGGUUCUUUAGAUAAUACGACAUUAGCAACGAUUAUACACCCCUAUAAGUAAUAAAACAAUUGUGUUAGAAAAUAAUAUUAUAGUUAUAUGUUAAAUAAAUAAUUUU